CGGGAGGCCGUGCGGGCCGCGCACCAAGCCGGCGCCGCCUGGGGCCGCCUCCCCGCCAAGGAGAGGAGCCUGCGGCUGCGGCGCUGGUACGAGCUGAUGCUGGAGAACAAGGAGGAGCUGGCAAGGAUCAUCACGGCCGAGAACGGGAAGCCUCUGAAAGAAGCACAGGGUGAAAUCCUGUAUUCUGCCUCCUUUCUGGAGUGGUUUGCGGAGGAAGCUCGCCGGGUUUAUGGUGAUGUCAUUCCAGCCUCUGCAAAAGACAGAAGAAUCCUGGUGCUGAAGCAGCCUGUAGGAGUGGCAGCCGUUAUAACCCCAUGGAAUUUCCCCAGCGCCAUGAUUACCCGGAAGGUUGGUGCAGCUCUGGCAGCUGGCUGUACGGUGGUCGUGAAACCUGCAGAGGACACACCUUUAUCAGCAUUAGCUCUUGGGGAGCUUGCAAACCAGGCUGGAAUUCCAGCAGGAGUGUAUAAUGUCGUUCCUUGUUCCAGACAACAGACGCCAGCUGUAGGGGAAGUUCUGUGCACUGAUCCCUUGGUAGCCAAAAUAUCUUUUACUGGCUCUACAGCAACAGGAAAGGGGAAGCCUCUGAAAGAAGCACAGGGUGAAAUCCUGUAUUCUGCCUCCUUUCUGGAGUGGUUUGCGGAGGAAGCUCGCCGGGUUUAUGGUGAUGUCAUUCCAGCAUCUGCAAAAGACAGAAGAAUCCUGGUGCUGAAGCAGCCCGUAGGAGUGGCAGCCGUUAUAACCCCAGUAAGCAGUUCUGGGCAGCGAAGAGCCGUGCCUACAGUUUACGCUACCUGUGUUUGCACAAACCGUUUCCUGGUGCAAAAGGGAAUCCACGACGAAUUUGUGGAGAAGUUUGCUAAAGCUAUAGAGAGAGAACUACAUGUUGGAAGUGGAUUUGAUGCCAAAACUACCCAAGGGCCACUAAUUAAUGAAAAAGCAGUGGAGAAGUCAUCCAGAGUGGAUGAAUGGAUAGAUUCAACACAAUAUAAAGUACUGGUUUUCUUUUUUCAUGAUUGUUUUCAGACCUGUGUUUGCACAAACCGUUUCCUGGUGCAAAAGGGAAUCCACGACGAAUUUGUGGAGAAGUUUGCUAAAGCUAUAGAGAGAGAACUACAUGUUGGAAGUGGAUUUGAUGCCAAAACUACCCAAGGGCCACUAAUUAAUGAAAAAGCAGUGGAGAAGGUGGAGAGACACAUCAGUGACGCCGUUUCUCAAGGAGCAUCUGUUGUGACUGGAGGGAAACGACACAGCCUGGGGAAGAAUUUCUUUGAGCCAACAUUACUUAGUAACGUUACAACAAAAAUGCUUUGCACCCAAGAGGAGACAUUUGGCCCGUUAGCACCAGUUAUCAAAUUUGAUACUGAAGCAGAGGCUGUUGCUAUAGCAAACGCAGCUAACGUGGGUUUAGCAGGAUAUUUCUACUCCCAAGACCCAGCUCAGAUCUGGAGGGUUGCAGAACAGCUGGAAGUUGGAAUGGUUGGUGUUAAUGAAGGCAUCAUCUCCGCAGUGGAGAGUCCCUUUGGUGGGGUAAAACAGUCUGGCUUGGGGCGAGAAGGUUCAAAAUACGGCAUCGAUGAAUACUUGGAAAUAAAAUAUGUCUGCUUUGGGGGCUUAUAGAAAUCUUCAAAAAGCACAAUCCCAACAGCUUGGAAAAAGAGUGCUGUAGUUUUAAAUAAGCUUUUUGAACCAGAAAUAUGUACGAAUGCAACUUUUACCUUCUUUACAACUAAGCAACCCCGUUCUGUAUGUGUAGAGCUAUUGACAGUGUUCUGUGCUGCCAUAUGUUUUUACAUGUUCUUUAUUUAUACAUUGGGUUUUUCAGCAAUGUGAUCGCAGUUGCCCAUCAUUUUUAAGUAAGGAGUAAGGAAAAAUGCACGUGGGUUAUUCUUGGGCUACUCCUGUGUAACUGGGGGGGCUUGGAGACUUGUGCAUAAUCAAAAUAAAUCAUAAGGCAAGGGGAAACCAGACCACCAUUUGCUGCUGCCUCUAAUGGUUCAGGGUGGAUGUGCGAGGCUUUGGGCAGUCUCCCUUUAGAAUUUUGUGUAAAUACUCACAUUUUCUAAUGUGGUUAUGUGACUUUCUUUUAGAAGCAGGUAUGUGUCUUUUUUUUUUUUUUUUUUUUUUUUAAAUUGUGGAAGAAUCUGUUGCUUAUGAAAGGUGAGGAACUGCUUUUAGCUACAGGUAGACAUUGGUGCAGGCAAAGGGGCUGUUUCAGUGCACGUUAACUUGCAGAAUUGUAAGGGGACACUCUAAGGGCUGUGUGGCAGAAGCACAAGUGGUGACACGAUAUAAACUCCCUUCCAUGAAAAGAAUGUGACUCUCCUUGAGAAGCACAUUCACUGAUGUAAAUGUUUCUCAGUGUCUAAAGGAGCAUUACUCACCACCUCCAAAGAACAGGAGCAGUAAGAUGGUUCCGUUGUUGUGGGCUCUGUGCCUUGAAUUGGGUUUUGUGGUUACACAGCUGAAUGUCCAUGAGGGAGGAAGUUUUAGACACCUCUGAACUUGGCUAACUUGUCACCUAAUAAAGAUUUAAAUAGAAGUGAUUAAGGGUGAGACUUCUAUACGUGACCUUGCUAUCUUGUCAUCUUCAAAAGAUGAUGUCAAGCUUCCUUAAUACUAAAUAAACAUUGCUGUUUAAACAUUAUUUUAAUGGCAGUCAAAAGAAGCACUUUAAAAAAAUGUGCAAUGUUAAUUUGGCAAAUAAAAUCAGCACUGCAGAGGCUAAGGGGAACAAAAUUUGUUUCCUGUGCUGGUUAACUUUAUUUGGUGAGCCUUUACCCAUUAACGAUUAAAAAUAAAUAAAAAAAAGAAGGGCACAGAGCUCUUCUUCCUAUACACUAAUGAAUGUAGCCUAUGAAAUGGGAUAUUUUAAGAUAUUUUAUCCAAUCAGGCAAAGAGGUACCAGGUACCACAACACUUGGGGGGAGGGAGGGAAAGGAGGGGGCGCUGGGGAAAGGCAGCAAGAUAGAACUGAGUGUCAUGGGUUUUUUUUAAAGCGCACAUAAGGUAGCAUUGACUGCUACUGAGUAUUUCUCAAUGUUUUUUAAUGGUUGUAUUUGUGGAACACUUGAGACCAGGUGGGUCUGGAGCACAUUAUCUGUCAGUAGUGUGUGUGCAUCGUGCCAACAGAAGGGUGGUUAAAGGACACUUACUGCCCUUCCAGUAAUUUCCAAUGCACCAAAAAUGCAUAUUUAAGAUAGUGAGGACUUAAUACCAAUAUCAUUUGUGGCAUAUGUGCUACACUGCCUGUGAACUGCAGUAUAAGGUCAAAAUUAAAGUAAUCUCAUUUACUACUUUAUGACUGCAGCAUCUUGAAUGUUGGUGUACUUCUUGGAACAGUGCAGUUGAAGGAUAAUUUUUUUAACCUACUGCUCUAUUCAUUGCAAAUUUGUUGAUCUGAUGCAUUGGUGCAUUUAAAAUUGUGAUGUCUUUUCUGAGAAACAGCACUGUUAAAAUUAAUGAGUAAAUGUUUACUUCUUUCCUAGCAAAUAAUACCUUUUACUAUGCCUGAUAACAAGCACAAACCAUAAUUAAAGAUGAGGUAUGUAAUAAACUUCAAAAAAUACCUUUGUCUGGAUUGGAUUGUGGUUGGAUUCCAGCAUAGUAUCCUUGUGUCAGUAAGGUCUACAUCAGUGAAGCACAGAAUAAUCUUAAAGUUGUCUUCAUAGCAAAAGCUGUGAUUCUUCAACAGAAGAUAUACUUGAAUUCUCACACCUCAGUUACGUUGAUUACACUUGUGAUAGUUUAGCAAUUUCUGGAUAUUUUAAAACUGUGAUGGAAUAACAUUUCCAAUUAAUAAAUAACUUCUGUGAAAGCA